GGAGCCACCGGAUUCCCCGGCGCUGCCGGCCGCGUGGGACCACCUGGCCCUAAUGGUAACCCAGGCCCUCCUGGUCCUCCUGGCUCUGCUGGCAAAGAUGGUCCCAAGGGUGCUCGUGGUGAUGCCGGUCCCCCGGGCCGUGCCGGUGACCCCGGUCUCCAAGGCCCCGCUGGCCCCGCUGGCGAGAAGGGCGAACCUGGCGAGGACGGCCCCCCGGGUGCUGAUGGUCCCCCCGGUCCCCAAGGUUUGGCAGGACAACGUGGUAUUGUCGGUCUUCCCGGACAGCGUGGUGAGAGAGGAUUCCCUGGGCUGCCAGGGCCAUCGGGUGAACCUGGGAAACAAGGAGCACCCGGCUCUGCAGGUGACCGUGGACCUCCUGGCCCUGUGGGUCCCCCCGGUUUGACGGGUCCUGCUGGUGAACCUGGGCGUGAGGGUAACCCCGGUGCUGAUGGACCCCCCGGCAGAGACGGCGCAGCCGGUGUCAAGGGUGAUCGUGGUGAAACUGGCCCUGUGGGUGCCCCCGGUGCUCCCGGUGCCCCUGGUGCUCCCGGCCCCGUUGGUCCCACUGGCAAACAAGGAGAUAGAGGCGAGACGGGUGCACAAGGUCCCAUGGGUCCCUCUGGUCCUGCUGGUGCUCGAGGCAUGCCGGGUCCCCAAGGGCCUCGUGGUGACAAGGGUGAGACAGGAGAGGCUGGAGAGAGAGGGCUGAAGGGCCACCGCGGCUUCACCGGGCUGCAGGGUCUUCCCGGACCACCCGGUCCUUCUGGAGAUCAAGGUGCUGCUGGUCCUGCUGGUCCCUCUGGUCCCAGGGGUCCCCCCGGCCCUGUUGGCCCCUCUGGCAAAGAUGGCUCCAACGGCAUGCCCGGCCCCAUCGGUCCCCCCGGCCCCCGCGGACGAAGCGGCGAACCAGGUCCUGCGGGUCCUCCUGGAAACCCAGGUCCCCCUGGUCCUCCUGGCCCCCCAGGCACCGGCAUCGACAUGUCAGCUUUCGCUGGUCUGGGUCAGACGGAGAAGGGUCCCGACCCCAUCCGCUACAUGCGGGCAGACGACGCCGGCAGCCCGCGGCAGCCCGACGGCGAGGGGGGAGCCCCCGGUAAGAGCCCCCAUCCCUGCUUCCUCUCCUCCUGUCCCUCUCCCCCAGCCCAAAGAGGACAGCAAGGUCCACAACACUUUUUGUUUUGAGCUCCAAAACCUUAUGUUCACACACUGUUUGUCCUCCUUGCUGCAGGAGACUACUGGAUUGACCCGAACCAGGGCUGCACCUUGGACGCCAUCAAAGUUUUCUGCAACAUGGAGACAGGCGAGACCUGUGUCUACCCCAACCCCAGCAGCAUCCCCAAGAAGAACUGGUGGACCAGCAAGACCAAAGACAAGAAGCACGUCUGGUUCGCAGAGACCAUUAACGGCGGUUUCCACUUUAGCUACGGUGAUGAAGAUCUGGCUCCCAACACAGCCAACAUCCAGAUGACCUUCCUCCGCCUCCUGUCCACCGAAGGCUCCCAGAAUGUCACUUACCACUGCAAGAACAGCAUCGCCUACAUGGACGAGGAGACGGGCAACCUGAAGAAAGCCAUCCUCAUCCAGGGUUCUAACGACGUGGAGAUCAGAGCUGAGGGCAACAGCAGGUUCACAUACAGCGUCUUAGAGGAUGGUUGCACGAAACACACUGGCAAAUGGGGCAAGACAGUCAUCGAGUACCGAUCACAGAAGACCUCGCGCCUGCCCAUUGUAGAUAUUGCACCUAUGGACAUUGGUGGAGCCGAUCAGGAGUUUGGCGUGGAUAUUGGCCCAGUCUGCUUCUUGUAAAAAGAAUUG